AUGGCUCCAGCACUCAUCGAGACACCUACCGCUGCGCCAGACCAUACAAUCGAUAAGACAGCCGAGGAUACCUGGAAGAAAGACGUAAAGCAGGGCGUCAAUUACAAGGAAGCCUUCCAACAAGGUGCUGCUACCACCAAAUAUGACGUGGAACUCCACGGCACCGAGAACCACGCGCCGGCCAAAUACCCUCACUACCUUCCAUACUGGGACGAUGUGAAGUACCCUCCCUACGAGCCCUUCGAAGCCGUCGAGCACGGCAAAGACGCAGACCCGACUUUCCCCAACCUUCUCGGCGCCUCGGGAGCCCAGGUCAAGGACUUGACUGCCAACAUCGGCGCCGAAGUCACCGGAGUCCAACUCAGCCAGCUCAACGAUGCCGGAAAGGACGAACUCGCGCGUUUCGUGGCGGAGCACAAGGUCGUCGCCUUCCGAAACCAAGACCUCGCAGACCUGCCCAUCGCCCGAGCGCUUGAGUUUGCAGAAUACUUCGGCCCAUCACACAUCCACCCAGCUUCAGGAGCUCCCAAGGGUUUCCCCAAGGUGCACCUCGUUCACCGCAGCGCGAGCGAUACCACCGCUCGCGACUAUUUCGAAGAGAGAACAAACAGCAUCACCUGGCACUCGGACGUCACCUAUGAGAUGCAACCACCUGGAACGACGUUCCUGUACCUGCUAGACGGUCCCACGGCAGGAGGCGACACGCUCUUCGCCAACAUGGCGGAAGCCUACCGUCGCCUCUCCCCCGCCUUCCAGCAACGUCUCCACGGCCUCAAAGCCGUCCACUCCGGCCACGAACAAGCCGCCGCAGCCCUCGCCCGCGGCUCCCCCGUCCGCCGCGACCCCGUCUCCAACGUCCAUCCCGUCGUCCGCACCCACCCGGUGACGGGCGAGAAGGCCCUCUACGUGAACCCUCAAUUCACCCGCCGCAUCGUCGGCUUCAAGAAGGAAGAAUCGGAUUUCCUGCUGAAGUUCCUGUUCGACCACAUUGCCCUGGGCGCGGAUUUCCAGGCGCGACUGCGGUGGGAGGAAAAGACGGUCAUUGUGUGGGAUAAUCGGGUCACGUCUCACACUGCGAUUCUGGAUUGGCAGGAUGGGCAGAGGAGGCAUUUGGCGAGGUUGACGCCGAGGGCGGAGAGGCCGUUUGAGACGCCUUUUGAGGCGAGGGAGUAG